AUGGCGUCGGCUGCUAGUAGUUAUGGCGAGGUGCAUGGUGGCUUUGGCCUUGGGGAUAGGAACGGAGGAGGUACUUUGCUGUUAAACUUCUCUAAGGUUUUCAAGCUGGUGAUUGCGAACUCGACUUUUCCGAAGAGGGAGGAGCAUCUGGUUACUUUCCAAAGUUCGGCGGUGAAGACCCAGAUUGAUUACCUUCUCCUCCGAAGGUAUGAUAGAGGGUUGUGCAAGGAUUGUAAGGUUAUCCCGGGAGAGACCUUUGCGAGUCAACAUAGGCUCUUAGUAAUGGACAUCAGCAUUAUGAUGAAGAGGAAGAAGAGGUAUGCUCGUGGCCGAUCGAGGAUUAGAUGGGGAGCUUUAACCAAGGAUAAAUCCGGGAGUUGGAGGGUAUAUUAUCCUCUAUGGGAUAUUGGAGGAGUAGUAGAGACGUGA